AGUUUAUAAUUGGUGCACGUCCCCUUCCCUAUGGAUCUCACCGAGGACGAGAACGUCGAGCGCAUGUCGAGUGGACAGCUGUACAUCCCUGGCAAGGCGAGACUGGAUGAGCUCAGGACCACAGCUAGAUUGUGGUGUAGAGAGUUCAAUGCCACCGAUGACUCCGUCACUGGUGUCUGUCCGCAACGAGAAGAGCUCAUGAAAGGUUUCUUCGGAGCGUGCGGUGAAGGAGCGGUUAUUGAACCUCCCUUCCGAUGCGAGUACGGCUUCAAUGUAUUCAUAGGGGAUGGUUUUUACGCUAACUACGACCUUGCUAUACUGGACUGUUGCCCAGUCCGUAUCGGGAACAAUGUUCUACUCGGUCCAGGCGUACAUUUGUACACAGCGGAGCACCCGCGUUCCGUUGCCGGGCGGGCUACCUGUGUCGAAUUUGGCGCACCAAUUACGAUAGGAGAUGACGUGUGGAUCGGAGGCCGUGUUGUGGUCCUCCCAGGAGUCACCAUCGGGUCAGGCUGCAUUAUAGGAGGUGGCAGUGUUGUUACCAAGGAUAUCCCUCCGCACACGAUCGCGGCUGGCAAUCCAUGUAGACCUAUCAAGGCGGCCCCUAUGGAGCCUACCGAUGAAGAGAAGGAAUUUUUCAAGAAGUAUGGGAUACCGUACGACUCGCGAAGUCCUUGCGUUCACUAGAAGACUGUGUCUGCGUUCACUCUACAGUUGUUAUGAAGUUUGACUC